AUGGAAUAUAAAGAAAAGCCUGAAGGACCUUUCUUUGUGUCUUUUUAUGUUACCAAUUUUAAUUCUUCUGACCAAUCUUUUUCGUACAAGAUAAAUAUAGUAGACUUUUAUGAUAACCUAUAUGAAUCUAAUAUCAUAAACCAAAAUAAUUUUAAACAAAUUAAUUUUUCCAAUAAUUAUAUACAAUUAAAUGAAGAAAUUUUCGUAAAGACCAAUAUAAGUGAUGAUAAUAAUUUUGUGUUGAUAGGAUAUGAGAAUAUCAAAGUUUUCUCAUUUUUACAUGAACAGUUAAUAAUUUCAAAGAAUAUUAUAAUAACAUAUAAAUAUGAAGAUCAAAAAGAAAAUGUAGUUAAUAAAAAUAUCGAUAAUGAAAAGAACAAAAAAACAAAAGAUAAUGAAAAGGAAGGAAAAAAUAAAAAGAAAAAGGAAAAGAAUAAAAAUAAUGCCAAGAAUGAAAUGGAAAUAUUAGAAAAUUCGAUAAAAAAGGAUAUCGACAUAAAUUUUAAUAUUACCCUAAAUAUAAAUUCACUGGUUGGACAUUACUGCGAUAGGCUUAAUUAUAACAUUAUGAACGUUAAGAUUGAUGGGAUCUAUAAUAUAUCGUCAUCAAUAGAAGAAAUUGUCCCAAAACGAAACUCGCUAAAUUUUCACAUGAAAUUAUUAGACAUCUCUUUAUACAAUGGAAUUCCCAUAGAAGAUAAGGAGAACAAGAAGUAUAAUAUUACGUGGAAUAAUAAUAAUAUAUACAAAUAUAGAAAUAUAAAGGAAAUCGAAUAUAUCUACAAAUAUCUAUUUUAUGAAUCCUUCAACGUAAAUGGAUGGAUAAUUUGUUUUAAUGAAAAUAAAAAAACAAAAGAUAAUGUAACCUCCAGUAUAGUAGAUACUCUAUGUGCAACCUUUGAGGUUAAUAUAUCUGAUGUAAUAUUAAACAAAGUUGUUAAUGCAAAGUACAAACUUCAUCAUAUAAAACAUUUAAAAAAGGACAUAAAAAAUGUAAAACAAAGUGGCAAUCAAUGUUUAGAUAUUUUUACAAAUUCGUAUAUACAGCUAACCAUACAAUUUUAUAAACCCUUCUUACAAAGAAAAAUGUUGGAAAGUCCUUUUGCAGUUAAUACUGUACGUCCAAAUUUAAAAAAAGAAAUUCAAAUAGAAAAUGAUAAAAAGCAAAAAGAGGACAUCAGUAAUUUGUUUAAUAGAUCAGUUAUGGAAGGAAUAAAAUUUGUGAACGACGAAAUAAAACAAUUAAGAAAGGAAGAACAAAUUAAAAUUUAUCAAAGGUCAAAAGAAUAUUUUUCCUUUUUAAACAACUUGAAGGAGAACCCAAAGUACAUAAACUUAUACAAUAAUAUGAAAGAUGUUAUGAUUAAAGUAACUUAUAAUAUAAUUAAUAAAAAAAUUUAUAAACAUUUUAAUAUAAGUGAAGAGCUUUGCAUGGAUCCAUCUAGUGAUAAUGACGAUAUGAUGGAUAAGGAUAAAAAAAAAAAAGAAAAAUCAGAUUUUAUCUCCGAAGAAAAUAUUAAUUGCAUUUUUGUCUAUCUUUUCAAUUUUAUGUAUGAAUCAUCUAAUGUCAUAAUAAAUAAUUAUUUUGAAAAAGAAGAUAAUAUAUAUAAAGAAUCAAUAAAUGAUAUUAAAAAAUAUAAUAACAUAAAUAAUUUAGAAUAUUAUUUAUAUAAUAUUAUUAUUGAAAAUGUACAUUUAUUAAAAUAUGAAAGAAAUAUUCCUUUUAUCCAAGCAAUAAUAUUAAUACUUUAUAAAAAGAUAAAUUAUGUAUACGAACGGAAUAUAAAAGAAAAAAAUAUAAACGAUAUAUUUAUACAAAAAGGUGAUAAUCAUAUUAUUAAUAUAAUCGAAAAUUAUACAGGUUAUGAUGAUAAUAAUACAUUAGAAGAUAAUUAUAUAUACAAGAAAAAAAAAAUAAAUGAAAAAAAAAAUGUAUAUUCUAAUAAUCCAGAAAAUAAUAUAACAUCAUUAAUAAAUCAUAUUUGUACGCGUAAUCAAAGUAAUUUCAAUUCUUAUCUUUUUGAUUAUAUUGAACACUUUAAAGAUAUUAUAUUACAUAAACAUGUGAUAAAAGAAGAUGAAGAAAUAUUUAAAAGAAAUGAUCACCAGGAAGAUAUCUUAUCCGUUUUUAAUAUGGAAGAAAAUAAAAAUAUUAAAAUUAUGUUUACAGAUAUUAUUUAUAUGUAUUCUAAUGUUAUGUUAUUAAAAAAUAACAUUAUCAACCUUAAAUAUGAUAAGGAAAGGCAAAUUCGAAAAUAUAGGGAAGAAAAUGAAGCGAAUAAAAUAAAUGAGGAAAAUAAAGAAAAUGAGAAAAAUGAGGAAAAUAAAGAAGAUGAGAAAAAUGAAGAAAAUAAAGAUGAGAAAAAUGAAGAAAAUAAAGAAGAUGAGAAAAAUGAAGAAAAUAAAGAAGAUGAGAAAAAUGAAGAAAACAAUUAUUAUGAUGAUAAUCAUAAUUAUAAUUUUCAGGUUAAUUUCGACUAUUAUGAUACAUAUAUUAAUUCAAAUAUUGUAGACACUUCAAUUUCUUGUUUGUGCACGUAUAUAGAACUAACCAACAGUGAAAAUAUUGAGAGCCUCUUCAUUCUGUGUCUUUUAUAUUUGAACAUACAUAAAUAUAAAGAGAGUUUAAAAUUAGCUAACUAUAUUAUAAACAUUUUACAAAAAAGAAAAGAAAAUGAAGAAGAAAUAAAAAAUAAAGUACAAGAUAAAGUACAAGAUAAUGUAGAGGAUAACGUAGAGGAUAACGUAGAGGAUAACGUAGAAGAUAAAAUAGAAGAAAAGUUAAAAGAAAAAGAAGAGGAAGACCAUUUAAAUAUAAAUAAUUUAUAUAUAUACAGUACUUUGCAUAAUAAUCAUUUGAACAUAUGCGAGAAUAUAUGUAUAUAUAUUAAAAGCCUUUGUUAUUUUUUUCAACGUAAUUAUAUAUACUAUUAUAUAAAUAUGUGUAUACUUUUAAAUGAAAAUUUGAAUACAUUGAAAGAGUGUAUAGAAAAAAACUCCAACUUGUAUGAAGAAGAAAAGGAAAAAUGUUUUGAUUCCAGAAAAUGCAAUAAUAAAGAAAGUAAAAAAAAAGAGAAAAAAGAUAUUGAAAAGGAUCAUAAGGAGAAAAAAAAAGGUUCCAAGAAAAAAAUAAAAGAUGAAAAUAAUGAAAUGAAAGAUAUACAAAAUGAAGAAAUGGAUAUGAAAAAAAACGAAAUGGAUAAGAAAAAAGACCAAAUGGAUAUAAAAAAAAACGAAGUGGAUAUACAAAAUGAAGAAAUAUCUAUACAGGAUGAACAAAUAUGUAAUCAAGAUGAACAAAGUCAAAACACAUAUAACAGUGAUAAGAAUAAUAAUAAUUAUAACAAAAAUGUAUAUGACAAUACCAAUAUUUCAAGAAGAAAGGAUAAAAGUAAGGAAAAUUCAUCUUUUAAAAAUGUAAAAAGCAAAUCAGAAAUUUCUCCUUGUCACACAGACAAUUACAUAUUGAAUUAUAUCGAAAGUUCAGAAAAUAAAAUUCCACUAAAAGAUAAAUAUAUGUUGUUAUUUAUAAUAUAUUGUUUAAAAUAUAAUAUUAUUAAUAUUGUUAUGUUCAUAUAUGAAAAUCGAAGAAAACUUUUAACUGACAUGGCUAUUAACUCUCAUUUAUUUCAUCAUCUGACUAUAAAAAUAUUUUUCUCAAUAAAAGAUUACCUGAGGUGUACUAAUUUGAUAGAAGAAAAAUGCGAACAUUUAAAUAACGUGGAUAUAUUAUACAUAUAUACACAAUGUUUAUAUAAAUUAAAAAGCUAUGAAAAGUGUAUAGGAUAUAUGGAAAAAUAUUUAAAUUUAUGUAAAUAUAAUAAUGUGAGAGUUAAAAUAUAUCUACAAUUAAAUAAAAUAUAUUUUUCAUUAAACAGAUAUUCAGAAAGUAAGAGUAUGAUAAAAAAUUCAUUACAAAUUUAUAAGACAAGUUAUGCUUAUCUAAAUUUAGCAUACUAUUAUUUAAUUAAAAAAAAAAAUUUCAUCUAUGCAUAUAAAAUAUUAUAUAAAGCAAACGAAAUAAAUAUUUUCAAUACGAAAUUGUGGGCAUAUUUCACUGUAGUAUUUCUACAUUUAAAUAUGAAGAUGCAAGCUGAUAAAAGUUUAAAUAAUUUUUUAAAAAUGAAUAUGUACAAAAAAAACCUUAUUAUUCAUAUGAUGGAGACAUACAAAUUUUAUGGUUAUGAAAAGGAAGAAAAAUAUUUAUUAUCAUUUUUAAAAAAUUAA